AUGGCGCCGUUUCCAGCGCUGCACAAGCAGACGGGCGUCGUCCGCGCCAUCAAGACCAUGUCCAAGGGGCAGAUGAAGAAUCUGAGUCGCUUCCAACAAGAAGUGGCCAUCAUGAAGGUAAUGGACCACCCCAACAUCAUCAAGCUCUUCGAAACCUUCGAAGAUCGAAGGCAUAUCUACCUCGUCAUGGAGCUCUGCUCCGGUGGAGAGCUCUUCGAUCGUAUCAUCGAAGCCGGCCACUUCACGGAGUCGGAUGGCGCCAUUGUAGUGUCUCACAUCCUUCACGCCAUCUUCUACAUGCACAAGAUGGACGUCUGCCACAGGGACCUGAAGCCAGAGAACUUCCUGUUCCUGACCAAGGAUCCGAUCAGUACGAAUGUUCUCAAGCUGAUAGACUUUGGCCUCUCCAGCUAUGUCAACGAUGGGAAGGCCAUGUCUACGAAAGCAGGGACUCCAUAUUAUGUGGCGCCACAGGUUCUCCAGGGCAAGUACGACAAAGCCUGUGACUUGUGGAGUUGCGGAGUGAUCAUGUACACCAUGCUGUGUGGGUACCCUCCCUUCUAUGGAAAGACUGACCACGAGGUGCUUCACAAGGUAAAGGCCGGCAGCUACACCUUCGACCAGAAGGACUGGAAGAACAUCUCGGAGGAUGCUAAGGCGCUGAUCAGGAUGCUGAUAAAGUUUGACCCUGCUGAGCGAUACACAGCUGAGCAGGCACUGCAGCACGAGUGGAUCAGGUGCCGGGCACCGCGAUCAACCACGGUGUCGCUCCAGGCUGGCAUCGUGGAUAACCUUCGAGCAUUCCAGAAUCAGCACAAGAUGAAGAAGGCAGCGCUGCAAAUCAUCGCAGGGCAGCUCUGUGAGGAGAAGAUCAAGGCCUUGCGGGAGAUCUUCGUAGCCCUCGACACAAACGGUGAUGGAAGCCUGACGGCCGAAGAGCUCAGGGAUGGCAUGGCCAAGGCCAGUUUGGGCGACAUUCUGUCCAAUGUGGACCUUGACAGCCUCAUCGAAGGUGUGGAUGCAGAUGGCAGUGGCAUGAUUGAUUACACUGAGUUCCUGGCGGCUACGCUGGACCGGAAGUGCUACCUGCAAGAGGACGUCUGCUACAAUGCCUUCAGCGUCUUUGACCAAGAUGGAGAUGGCCAAAUCACUUUGGAGGAGCUGAAAACGAUCCUGGACAAUGGCAGCGUGGAUGAGGCCUUGCAAAGCAAAACCUCCGAGGACAUCCUCAAGGCUGUGGAUGCCAACGGCGACGGCUCUAUUGACUUCCAGGAGUUUAUGGACAUGAUGCGGGGUGACAAAGCGCCGGCUUUGGACAUCAAGGCGGUACCCACCCAGGCUCUCUGA